AUGUCACUGCACUUUCAAUUCUACAUUAUCCUGCUCCUUCGCUCCACCUCUGCGCCCUAUCGCUGGCUGGUCCUCACCUCCGAUGAGUCACCAACCUCCAGAGAGGUUUCCAGGCCAGAAGAAAAAGACAAAGGCGAAAACCCCAAGAAAACAGAGCCGGAAGAAGAAGAAAUUGAUAUUGAUUUAAAUGCCCCGGAAACGGAGAAGGCCGCUCUCGCCAUCCAGGGAAAAUUCCGACGUUUCCAAAAACGGAAACAGGAUCCCAGUUCCUGAGCCUUUCCGGAGCCUUCCCACUUCGCCUUGAUGCGCUUCUUUCCUCUUCCUGUCCCCCAAAACCCCGCCGCGAUUCCAUUUCCUCCCUUGUCUUCCCACCCCGACAAAGGGGGCUCCUCUGAUCUUCAACUAAUUUUAAUUUUUGCACGUCCUGGGAAAAUGGUCAAAGCAGAGGAAGGGAGGGGAUGGAGUGGGGUGGGUGGAAGGGCCUGCUGAGCACCAAGGCCUUCCACACUGCUUCACCGGAAGCCGCCAAUCGUGGGCAGAGCGAGA